AUGCAAUUCCUCUUUGUUCUACUCGCAGCUGUGCUCAGUGUCUCUGGGCGUCAUGCUACACCCCCAACAUUUCAACUCGUCGUUUCCCUGACUUCGUUUGAUGCCCGAAACAUCUCAUCCUGGUCAGGGGGCGGUGGAAAACCACAACAGAUCCCGUCGGGCCAGUCCCAUCCUUUUGAGGGUCGCUACUUUGGUGGAGGAGUGCGAGCAAAUAUUGCCGGAACCCGUGCAUUUGGCUCCGGUUAUCCGCAAAACGACUUGAACAAAUCAACAGUGUCUGGGAGGCCAUUUCCGUAUGGUGUAUGGCCACUUUACUGGGGAGGAAACUUUAUGGACUCUGCAGAAUAUGGCGAGGACAAGGAUCCUAUUCGACCUGGAGGUCAGCUUGUUGUACAAUCCGUACGAGGCACCAAGGAGCGCUGGGGUCAAGACGAGACGGAAACAUACUAUAUGCUGACGGACCGUGAGACGUCUUUCGCAAUGAUGACGAGCUUUGUGACCUGGUGUGGUGCGGUCCCAGAGUCGUGGCCAGUACUUUUCAAUGCGACGGGUGCACCAUUGGGAGAAGGGAGAGCAGGAGAGAUGACAUUUGCAGUCGAGAAUGUACUGAGGUACUAUCGAGCAAGCAGCUUUGCGAUGCUGCAUCGGGGCUACAACAAUUCGCGUGCGCGGACGGCAGAUUCUAGUAUCUCACUGGAGCAAAGCGACCCACUACCGGAAGCGGUCACGAGAUCGAGGUUCUACUCGUGUAUCGAGGGGGUGAUAGAAAAUGCGCUGCCCAUCGUGGAUGGACCAGCAAAAGGGACGAAGUCUGGGCGUUAUCUUGGGGAUUAUAUUUGGAAUAUUUGGUAUUCCGAUCAUUGCAUUCCUAUGGUGGUUUUUCGCCUGCAUAUUUGCAUGCAUUGCGAAUUGCUUUCGAUAGGGCCAGACCUAGGUCACCGAUUGACUCUCCAAUGGUAUGAAGAGUCAUCGGUCAUGUAG